ACCAGCAAUCCUGAUCAGAAUAGCCAGAAAACUUGGCCUGGAGUCCCUCCCUUGCCAGAGCCAUCUCCCCGGGCAGGGCCGCCUUCGGGGCGGGGUCAAAUACAAGGCGGCUCGCGGGGAGGUUGGAGGUCAGGCGGCUGCAAAUCCGUUCAGCUCGCGUCUAGGCCGCGUGUCCCCGGGCAGCCUCGACAUGGUGCAGGCCUGGUACAUGGACGAGUCCGAGGAGGACCCGCAGCUGCCUCACCGUGCGGAGCCCAGCCGCCCGGUCGACCUGCAGCAGCUGAACCAACUCGGGGUCCUUUACUGGAAGCUGGAUGCUGACAAGUACGAGAAUGAUCCAGAAUUAGAAAAGAUUCGAAAAGAUAGAAAUUAUUCUUGGAUGGACAUAAUAACCAUAUGCAAAGAUAAACUACCAAAUUAUGAAGAAAAGAUUAAGAUGUUUUACGAAGAGCACUUACACUUGGAUGAAGAGAUUCGCUACAUCUUGGAAGGCAGUGGGUACUUUGACGUACGAGACAAGGAGGACAAGUGGAUCCGGAUUUUUAUGGAGAAAGGAGACAUGAUAACUCUUCCUGCGGGAAUUUAUCAUCGUUUCACAUUGGAUAAAAAGGACUACGUGAAGGCUAUGCGGCUGUUUGUGGGAGAACCUGUGUGGAAGGCGUACAACCGACCUGCUGACCAUUUCGAAGCUCGGGAGCAGUAUGUGAAAUUUUUGGCACAGACAGCAUAGCAGUGCUCCUGGAGGCCUCACACACCCCUUCACCCCUGGGGAGGGUCUUGACGUAAUAAUUGCUGAAAAAUUUAUCAUUUUCCUCCUGACUUUUAUCCUAUAGACUUGCAGCUAGGCAAAGUUAAUGGAAGGAGCUGUUAUAUCUGGUUUUAACAUGAAAACCACUGUGAAAACAAAAAAAUUAUGUUCAUUUUCUCUAAUUCAAGAGGGAGAUUUGUUGUCCAGUGCUAGAAUGUCUUCAACUUUAAUCUGAGUCAGUCUUAUCUCCUCUAUGUAGCUGCUUGGUGGUAUCGCUUGGACCUGGUACUUGAAAAAGACACAGGUCAAUACUGUGCCUUGUUUGAUAGCUCUGUCCUGGUCUCUUCUCAAAAUGGGCUCCAUGGUUCUUGCUUAUACCACGUUCUUGUUCAGAAUAAAGAAACUAAUUUCUUUGCUUGUGACUUGGAAUUACUUUAUAUUAGGUGUAUACAACUUGUUAAAAUUACUAAUUUGAUAUUCUAUGUGGUUAUGUAUGUAGUCAGUGAAUUUAUGUGGUUUCUAUUGCUAUUAUUCGUUCAGUGUAAAGAUUUCUAGGUUGAAUUCACUACCCUAUAUCUCUUUUAUAAUCAAGUUCAAUUUAAUAAAUUUAAAUAAAAUUUAAAUUUAAAUAAAUUUAAUAAAAUUCAA